AUGAGAAGGGGCGGGAUUACGUGUUUUCAGCCAAUCAGAGACGAGCUCGGCGUCGUUCGGCGUCUGGAUGUUUGUGGAUCCGGGCAGCGGUUCCAGCGGGACGGAGACUCUGUCACGGAUCGCUCCGGCUCCAGCCACGGUUUCCAGAAGAUGCAGAGGACAGGUGUCCUGGCGUCCGUCCCCUCAGGAGUCCCGGGAGACGCCCUGGACCUCAGCCUGUCCGGAACCCGGCUCUCCAUGUCCAGGAGGCCCGACAGCGCGUCUCCUGGGAAGAGCUUCUCCGGGUCCGGGUCCGGGUCUGGGUCCGGAGGCAGCCGGGCGCCGCGCGACACGCCGACUGAUGUGGGCUUCGGUCGCUGCCGCUCCAUCAAGAACCUGCGGCGCUGCAACAGCACCACCCAGGUCAACCAGCAACCCACCCUCAGCACAAGGCCGGCCUGGGACCGGGACCAGGACUACUUGUCCCUGUUUGACAGCAGCUCAGAUGGACGCAGGAAGCUGGCGAGCCUCGGCAGGACGUCGGGGGACGGAAGCACGUGGAACGUUCUGGACGACCAGCCCAGAGCCUUGGCUCCGCCCUCCUCCACCUGCAGCUCUGCCGGUGUGGUGGAGGCUCCCAGCAGCAGCAGGACAGAGGCUGGCCGCAAUCUGACUGACAGCUACACCGCCAACAACAGGAGCAGUAAGGGCGGCGUGGGGAACUCCGUCACCACCAUCUUCCAGAACAACCACUCCGACAAGCCGCUGACGCCCAAGAGCUCCAACCAGAAGCCGUCCUUCAACAACCUCCUGAAGGCCACGGCCGCCGACGGCCUUCCGCCGGACACCGGCUCCCUCACCAAGUCCCAGAAGAACUUCUCCGCGUGGUCUGGCGGCAGCGGCUCCGCCCGGGCCCCGGCCCGGAGGUCAGAGGUCACCGAGGAGGAGGCCGAGAGGUUCAUUCAGCAGGUCAACCGGGCGGCCGUCACCAUUCAGCGCUGGUACCGGCGCCGCGCCGGCCGGGCGACGCUCAGACGCUUCCUGGACCGUACAAGAAAGGAGUCGGAGGAGAGAACGGUGGAGGACGGCCGGCCAGAAGAGCCGCACAAGAAGGACCGAGACAGGAAGCGGAUCCGGGAGGAGAAGGCUCGCCUGGCCCGCCUGGCCGCCGUCCAGGAGCUGCAGCAGCAGAGAGCACAGCGAGCUGCACAGCACAGCGGUGUGGGGAGCCGGACCAAGCCCCCCAGGACGUCCCCCACCACCCAGGGUCCGGCUCCACCCAGCAACAGCGGCCCCAGGACGUCCCCCACCACCCAGGGUCCGGCUCCACCCAGCAACAGCGGCCCCAGGACGUCCCCCACCACCCAGGGUCCGGCUCCACCCAGCAACAGCGGCCCCAGGACGUCCCCCACCACCCAGGGUCCGGCUCCACCCAGCAACAGCGGCCCCAGGACGUCCCCCACCACCCAGGGUCCGGCUCCACCCAGCAACAGCGGCCCCAGGUCCCCCAUCACCCAGGGUCCGGCUCCACCCAGCAACAGCGGCCCCAGGACGUCCCCCACCACCCAGGGUCCGGCUCCACCCAGCAACAGCGGCCCCAGGACGUCCCCCACCACCCAGGGUCCGGCUCCACCCAGCAACAGCGGCCCCAGGUCCCCCAUCGACUUCAGAACCAGGAGGACAGACUCCAAUGUGAGCGCUGAGCGGAGCUUCAGGGCCGACUCCCCUGCUCAGCGUUCUCAGGAGCAGGAGGGCGGAGCAGAGGAGGAGGAGGACCCUGGGCAGCAGCUGCAGCGUCUGGACAGCCACAGGGAAGCGAUUCGGAAGGAGAGCGCUCACGUCAACACGGCUGAAGAGCUGCAGGGAGCUGUAGAGGCAAAGCGGGAAAACCCGCCACCGGCUACAGGCGUCACACCAAACAAGGCCAUCAAGAUCAUCCCGGGCAGUAAGAAUGCAGCUUCAGCCAGCAACAAGCGCUGCGUGUCUCCCUGCGAUAUGAAAACCAGGAACUCAGACUCAAACCUAGACAUCAUUCCUGACGUGGCCGAGCUCAGCUUCAGAGGUGUUUACCCUGAAGCGUCCAAUCGGAGAGGCUCCCAGUGCUCAAAGAGGUCGGUGAGUGUUGAGGAGCAGAGGCGGGGAGCCUCGUCCAAAACCGUCCUCAACGAGCUGCUGGACACCCUGAAGCUGUUGGAGGAGGAGCCGGAACAGCUGGCCGAGUCCCAGAGCCGCCGCAAGGACAAAUACGCCUGGAUCGAUGAGGUGGGUGUUCAUGUGCUCGACUCCAACCGAGUCACGGUUUAG